AUGGCCAAAAACAACAAAACUAUUGAUAUUUAUUUUUUUAAAUCAGCUGGAAAAAUUAAUGUUACUACAGAGGAGAUUGGAUUGUCAUCAAUAAAAGUGACAAUAGUUAUACCUGGUUUGAAGAAAAAAAGAUCUGUGAAUGCUGCAGCCAAUGGUAAUGUAACGGUUGAAUUUGGAACAAGGGUGGCUUGGUGGCAGGGCAACCCAGAAAGGAGCAAAAGGGACAAAUUUUCCCUGACUACAAAGAUUGAAAAUCCACAUGUGAGGAUAAGCAAUCAUAAAAAUGUUAGAUGGACGAUUAGGUUAGGUUCAUCAUUAAAAUUUGAUGAUUUUAGGGUGGCUUGGUGGCAGGGCAACCCAGAAAGGGGCAAAAGAGACUACAAAGAUUGGAAAUCCACAUGUGAGGAUGAGCAAUCAUAA